AUGGCUCCUACAAAGUUCACAGAUCAAACAACCCACGUCACAAUAUCCUUCCUACCACCAACACCGUCUUCCAAAACACGACGUCCGAAUACCAAAACCACCUCCAUCUCAAUAAUGGCACAGAAAAGCUCAUACUCCGUAUCCAACCCCCCGUCUCGAUCUUUAGCAGAGAAGUCAGCCAGCAGAGGUGACACAAGCAGUCGGAAUACAGAAAGCCUCCACGGAGAGAGCAACGAACUGCUAUCCAACCUCUCCGGCAAAGAAUGGGUCCAACUUGGCAUCGAUUUUGUGUUGUCUUUAGAACAGCCAUGCUUAUACCGUAACCAGAACAAUCAGCCGACUGGUUACCGGUCAUCAAUAGAAAGCAAGGCCCGGCAGAACGUUCCCACGACACUGAAUUCCGACGUUCGAUGGGAAACUACUGUGGAAGUUUUUCACAGGCUCCUUGAAAUGGCUCGUGGUUUAGACUUGGAUGGUUAUAUCACCCCUGUGCAGGCUUGGAAUCGGAUUAAAAAUCAUGAGAAAUUCGAACGGAUGACGCGCGGCAAGCUGGGCCGGUUGGAAAUUUCUAUGAGACCUCAUAUCAAGUGUCAAGGAUUUGCCGCAAUUAUGGAAGAGCCCAUUUUUGAGAUUUUGUUAAAUCAGGUUCUUCAUCAAUGA